GGCGGGAGGGGGAGCCCGCGGCCCGGCCGGGGGCGGCGGCUCGGCUGCUCCACCCGCCCCUGUCCGCAGGUACGAGCGCCUGGCCGGCCCGGGGCUUCCCCGCCCGCCCGCCGGGACCUUCCGCCGCUGCCGCCGGAGCCGCGCUCCGGCCCCCGCCCCGCCGCCCGCGCUCCCGGCAGCGGCUCCGCUGCCGGGUCGCUGCCCAUGUCCCAGCUCUGCUCGCCGUCCGCGCUCGCUGCCGGCACGGCCGGUGCCGGUGCCCGCCUCCGCUGCGGGGACGCCGCGCUUUGGAAGCCUUCCCGGAGCGCGCGGGGGUGCUGGCGCAGGUCGGGCGAUUACAUGCGGACACUUCACUUUCAGCCAUGCCUGCCUCGGGAGCUCUCUGUCUGCUGUAAUUUUCUCGCUUUGAUCUCCCUGGAUCCUUUUUCGGGCUGUGGAGCUCCCCUUACACCUACCUGCCUGCUGCGUGUGUGCGAGAGAGAGUUUUCCUUUUUUUUUAUUACUUUUUUUGGUUAGAAAUUCCAAUUCUAUUUUUUUUUUUAAGACCGAACCCAAACAUCAUCAGAGCCACACGGUUUUGUUAAGCUACUGGAAAUAACUUUUGCCUGGGAUUUACAGCAGGAUUCCCUCUCGACCCGGCCCCUGCGGACUCCAGCAGGCUCACUGCCUAACAGUUCUCCCAGUUAUGAAGACUCGUCGAUGCGUUUUACGUGACCUUUGGGCAGACCGUGGAGCUUUCUAUUUUAUUUUGUGGGGCCUUGAGUCAGGAUCUUCUUAACGUGUGCUUGGAAGUGGUCAUACCGGAACUGGGGCGCGCACAGAAAUAGUGCGAGAGAAACCAGAUACGCCGUAACUUUCUGCCUGAUACCUGUUGGGCUUCGUGUCUAAACUUUGGCAGUGUUUGGGGGCCUUUUUAUUUCCUGGGAACUUCCAGCCAUGAAGAGGAGCUCUGUGUUCUAUUAAUUAUUUCUGAGAACUCUACCCGGAGUCAGACUGUGAGCAUGGAUUUCUAAGAGAAAAGUAAAGCUGAUCUCAAAACGAAUGAAGCACUUCUGGCAUGAGGAACAUGGAAGGGAUCAUCUUCAUUUGGAAGGGAACAGUACUGGAGUAAGCCUUCUUGUCACCAUAAAUUCAAGGAAAACCGCCUGCCUAAUUUCUGGGAAGGAUACCAAUCGGUGCAGAUAACAUUCGAGGUUGUGCUUAUGCUGUGAGAAAUGCUAGCAAGAAGGUGGGGUGUCUCGCGAGGGUAUUUGGGAUGGAUGUUUUGAACCUGUGGGUCUUCAUAACUCUUGGCCAGGAGACAGGAGGCCUCCACAUCCACGGGGAGACCUCCCCGUGCCUCAUCUCGGUGGGACCGAGGAGUUCCUAAUGCUCCCUGUGCACCCAAACUGACUUCUUGCUUGCAACCUGUUUCGCUGAUCCUUCUGGAUUUAUCUGUCGGAGGAAAGACUCACAAUUUAGGAAUAUUUUUUUGUUGUUGUUUGUUUAAAAUAUGCCUCUGAGCUCCCGGCGGCCUCUGAGCACGUGGCACGGGGCAAGAGGAGCGGCGAUGGCGAGAGCCGGCGUCGCCGCGGAGCCGCGCUGGCGGUGACCGAGCCCCGCUCUGCCGCCCCUGGGUCCGUCCGCAGCCGGCUCGGAGCCCGUGAGCGGUGCCGCCGGCCGGGCCCGCCGCGGUGAGGACGCGUUCCCGAGCGGUAUGAGCGGCCGGAGCCCGCUGCUGGUAGCAUGAGUGCUGGCCCCCAGGUGCAGCUGGCUGUCCUCUGGCCUUGGCUGCUCAUGGCGACCCUGCAGGCAGGACUUGGCCACACCGGGCUGGCGCUGGCGGCGGCCGUGGAGUCGGAGCGGGCGGCGGCUCAGAAAGCCAUCAUCAGGGUCAUCCCGCUCAAAGUGGAGCCCAUCGUCCUGGAAGGGGAGUUCGCCAACGUCGCCGAGGUGACUCCGGCCGAAGGGAAACUGCUCCAGUCCCACCCACUAUCCCUGUGCAACACCAGCGAGGAUGAACACACAGAAUCGGGAUUCAUCACCAUUGUCAAGCUGGAACAGCCGGAUCGGGAUCCCAACCCCUGCCUGUCCCUGGCCAACAAGGCAAAGCUGGCAGGGGAGCGUGGAGCCCGUGCGAUCCUUUUUGACAUCACUGAUGAUGAAAGUGCUGCUGAUCAGCUGAGGAAGCCCAGAGGCCUGAGCCAGCCCGUGGUCCUGAUCAGGGGCCAUGAUGCUGAGCUCCUCAUGGGCGUCGUGAACAAGAACAGAGAGGCCCACGUGAAGAUAGAGGUCAAGGAGCCACCAGCUUGGCCAGACUACGAUGUGUGGAUUCUUCUCACAGUGGUCAGCACUGUGGUCGUCAUCAUUUUGAUUUUUGUUGUCCGCACAAAGUGCCAGCUGAACAGGACUCAGGACUCGGUGCAGCAGCAGACCCUGCAGGCCAUCGGGCAACUGGCCACACGCCGCUACCAUCCCCGGGCGCGGCCGGCCCCGCGCUGGGACUCAGCCAGCAGCUGCAGCUCCGCCCCGGUCUGUGCCAUCUGCCUCGAGGAGUUCAGCGAGGGGCAGGAACUGCGGAUCAUCUCGUGCUCCCACGAGUUCCAUCGGGAGUGUGUUGACCCUUGGCUGCAGCAGCAUCACACGUGUCCACUUUGCAUGUUCAAUAUUCUUGCCAGAGACGCAGGGGACCAGGCCAUGGCUGCCAGCUCCAGGCUGGUCCCUCAGGACAUGGAGCCUGGGCGACGACUCCACCUUUUCCGCCAGCAUCCGGGACAUGCCCUUUACCACCUCCCACAAGCAUAUCCUCAGAGGAACCUCAGGAGCUUUCCCCCAGAGUCAGCCCAUGGCAACCCCUUCUUCCGCUCUCCAGAGCUCUCCCAGCUGGAUUUUGGCACCAUCCACUACAUGCCCUACAGACCAGCCACCUCCCUACUGGCCUGUGGCCAUGUGGCCCCACUGGCUCCGGGCUUGCUGGGGCAGCAGCACCCCAACCCCUCAGCAUGUGGGCAGGCGCUGGCACCCCACAGGACAUGUCCCCUUCAGCCUCAGCCCCCCUGCCUGGCACCCAAGGCAGUCGCGACACAGAAGCAGCACCGUAUUCCCACCCUGCGCCGAGGGCUUGGCCAUGGGCACCAGCACAACAGCAGUGGCUCUGGGGAGAGCUAUCUCACGGAGCACAGCGGGUACCUGGCCGACGGGCCAGGCAGCGACUCCAGCUCAGGGCCCUGCCACGGCUCGUCCAGCGACUCCAUGUUGAACUGCACAGACGUCAGCCUGCAGGGCAUCCAUGGCAGCUGCUCCACAUUCCGCAGCUCCCUCAGCAGCGACUAUGAUCCCUUCGUGUACUGCAGCUCCGAGGGUCCCACCACGGACCACUGUCAGGAGCAGCUGCGGCUGCCCAGGGAGAGGCGGCCCCGGUCCUUGGACCUGAUGGUGCCCCAGGGGUCUUCUCCGGCCAAGCCCCAGGUGCUCAGCCACGUCCACUACCACCACCACCAGCACCACCACUACAGGCAGGACGUGGAGUGCCCCCCUGGGCGAGCCGGGCAGGGGCCUGGGCCACGCAAAUCCCGGUAUUCGGGGACCAAGGGUGCCUUCCACAAUGCUCGGACACAAAAGAGAACUGAGAAAAGCUAUCACUCUCAGCAGCCUCUGGAAAGCAGUGCUGUGCUGCAGGAGGCAGCUCCAGCAAGCCAGCCAGUCUGUCCCCAGGAAGGCCAGGAGCCCCCUCACGCCCCCUCCACUUCUCCAAACAGGCUGGACUUCAGUGUAGAUGCCAACAAACAACUGGGAGCUGUCCCACUGUCCCCCAGACACAGCUUACAGAGCAGGCAUCACCAAAGGAAAAGAAAGUGUCCCCUGGAGCUUGAGCCCGCUCUCCUGCCCAAGGACUCAGCCGAGCCUGGAGCCUGUGACAUUCACCUUCCUCCUGGCCAUCCCGCUGGCUACCGCUGCUCUCCCGAAGCCCAGCCCCUGAUCCCAAGCGCUCCCCUGCCCAGUGGCUCCCGGCCGCUCUGGAAGUAUUUAGUGCCACAGUCCAGCUCCGAGCUGAGGAAGCAGGAGGAGGGGCUGUCAGGACAGGAGAGAAACUGCUCAGUUCCUGCGGAUUUCUCAAGGAUGUGCACCCCCAGACACAGUCUGAGUGUCCGCCUUCACUGCCCAUCUCAGCAGGGUGGUCAGGGAUCUGAAGAGGAGGUCCAGGAUGUCCAUGAACACUCAGUUUAAUAAAACACUGGCCUGUUUGCUCGCCGGGAGUUGGAGUGGACACAGAUGUUGCUGGAGCUGCUUACAUGUGGCUCUGCCCAGCCCUGCCCUGCUGAGACACAGACUGGCAAGAGCAACGGGUCAUGGUCUCCUGACACGUCCCCACGCCCCGGCAGUCACACAGACAGAGCCCUGCUCUCCGGGCCUGUCUCCUCUGGAGACACAGGCAGCCCCUCGUCAUCCCGUGGCAUCACUCCGAGCUGGGCAGGGCUCCCAGGGAGAGCUCACCGAGUGAGUGCAAGCUGCUAUUUUGGCGUGUUCAUGCCACAGAAGGUUUUGCUAAGCACUGCAAAAAUAAACAAGCCUUCAAGACCAAAAGCUGCAGAAAUUACUUUCUGUGGCCUGGUAGCUCCUGACUUCAUUUCCUCACUUAGGUCAAAAGCCAGAUUUCUUCAAUUAACUUUUCCAUGCUUAUUUCAGACACAGGAACAAGCUAUUCUCCAUCUCACCGCUCACAGGGCUGCCCUGCAAGGUGCUGCUUCUGACUUCAGUGGAAACCAAGAGCUCUCAUCACUUUUGGUCACCUGAAUGUCCCUCAGCUGACGCCAUCUCGGCCACUGACUGUUUGCCAGCAGCAGGAGAGGGGAAGACACAGGGACGUCAGCAUUUCUGGGAAGGAGCUGGGUCAGACUCUUUCCACUGCAAAGAAUCCACCCUCUCAUCUGGCAAUGUGAACAAAGUCUCUCACUCACCCCCUAACUCCUCCACCUACCUUCAAAUAGCUGUUAUGGCCAGCCCUGUUAAGAGCAUAUUUCAAACACAUCUUAGAUGUCCCCAUCACAGGAGUCAUACAAAAUCCUGGAGUUCAUGUGGUUCCUGCUUCUCUCCUUCCUCUCAUUGCCCCAAGACACAGCAAAAAUUCCCAGAAAAAGCCACCGUAAUUAAUGCAGAGUAAAGCCCUAUCCAUCACCCAGCCUUAACUUCAUAUUCUGUGAUUCUGAAAUCCUUCAAAAGGAUUUUUCUGUCUUUUCCAACAUUUUGAUGAUUCAGGAGAAAACCUGAGAAAUCAUCAGGCUCUAGUUUAUUACAUUCCCCCUCCCUCCCAUUUAUGAAUAUUUUGGGUUUUUCUGAAUGUCACUAGUUCUUAUUUCCUACAUCUCAUAAUUUGCAGACAUUCAAGCGAAAUAAAACCUGCCAAAUUCAAAACAUACAGAACCCAUGCAGCUUUCAAACAGCAGAGAAUUCCCAUCAGGUUCACUGGCCUAAAUAAUCAGUCAGGCCAAAGAAUCAGCCAGAUUCCCAUGUGAAGUGCACGUUUCUGUGGCACCAAGUGCUUCCAAGCACAAGGAAGCAUUGGUGAGGAUACAACACUGGAGCUAAAGAUAAUUCUUAACAAUUUAAAACUUGAUGUAGGGACAGACUUUCCCAUUUGCUCAGUAAAGCUUCCCGUGUCUUCCUUUGAAGCAGCAGCUUCUCAAGAGAGUGCUCUGGUGAUGCAGUCCCAAUUCAGGAUAAUCCUCUGCCUUCCUUUCUUGGUGGAAAAGCUUUUUACAGGGUUUGCUGCCCUUAAUCCUUGAAAAAGGCAUCUUUGUCUCAGCUGCUAAUCAGUCCCUGACAGUCAAGUGAUCAGCCAAUAGCACUGUUUUAAACCCAACAUUAUUCCCUUGUAGUGCUCAUUCCUUGUCUCCUUGUGACCAGGCCCCUGUGGGACCUUUCAGUCUAAGGAAGAGCUGAAUUUCCUUCAUCAAAGACCCCAGCAGAAUUAUAUUCAGACCUUUCCAGGCUCUUGUUUGUCCUACACUGCAAGCAGAAGAUCAGAAAGUUUUCUCCUGUGCAGGGAAGUCAGUCUUAAACUAGGGGAAAAAUCCAGGAGUGGGUCUGGAUUCACCCCAUUCAGCUUCUUGUGCCCCUGGUCUGUGGCUUGUCUGAACCAGCUCCCUGUGUCCUUGACCAUCCUGGAUGGCCCAGAGGCUUAACAGAGAUGGAGGGUCAUGAAGUCAUGGUGAUCCCAACUGCUUUUUUUAGGAGUCAGGAAGGCAGAGAGCCUCCAGGGAUGCAUUUCACUGCUCAAAAGAACAAGUGCAGCUCUAAAGUCCUCUCUUUCCUUCCUUAUCCCUAACAGAAGAGAAGAUUCCUGAAUUUGUGAGCCAAAAGCUUCUUUGAGAAAGCUGCACCCUCUCCAUUCCCCACUGCAGUAUUACCAGGCUGCCAGGGCAGCGCCUGCUUCCAGGUGUCUCCCUUCCCCAACCUUAUGCUGCUGCUCCUGUUCACAUAGGAAAUGCUGGAGUGCAGGUCUGCCUUGGUGGGGGCUCAGGGGGAGGAGAGGGAGGAACUGUCUGGGAACUUGGGUUUGAAAGAUCCUCUUCAGUAGAUGGAUGAGUAUCCUUGGCUGCCUGGAACGGAAGAAGCAGUAUCUGCGAAAAUAGGGAAUGGUUCCUCACAGUUCUUGACCUCUUGCUUCUGCGUGAUGCUUUUGAGUGCUCAGUGCCUGUGGGCUCCACCGUGGAAUUUCUCCAGCAUUCCUGCAGUGAUGCAGAGCUCAUUUUCCUUCUUUGCAUCCCAAGCCACAGCCAAAAACUGAUGGAAGCCAGAGCAUCCCAAGCUCCCUCUAUCCAAACUGUAGGUCCAGUCCUUCUGCUGGGACUCCCUUCCCCGGAACUCCCACCCCUUGAACUGGGCAUAUGGUUGGGCUGGCUGGAUAUCUCCCCUCCUGCACAAAUCCUUCAGAUCCUUCAGAAAUGUGAAUAUCAGUUCGUUCGUUUUGUUGUUGCUUUUUGUUUUGGUUUUUUGGUUUGGUUUGGUUUGUGUGUGGUUUUUUGUUUUGUUUUGUUUGGGGUUUUUUUUUGGGGUUUUUUUUUGUUUUGUUUUUUUGUUGUUGUUGUUGGUUUUUUUGUUGUUUUUUUUUUUUUUGUUUUGUUUUUUUUUUUUUUGUUUCUUUUUUUUUGCUGAGUCUAUCCUGGCUCUCGGGGUUUGGGAAUAAAUUAUGACCCAGAAAAAAAAAAAACACACACACACGGGAAAAAAGAAAAACAAUACGUUUUAUAUAUAUGCAAAACUGUGUAUUUAUGUCCGAUAAACACAAAGAUGUGUGAAUAUGCUUAUGUGCUCAGAAAUAUAUUUAUUUACUAAUAUAUUUAUCCAUGUACCGGUCUGCUGCCUGCGUGCGUUCUUUGUGCUGGGGCUGUGCUGGCGGAGGAGCCCGCGGGGAGGGACCCGGGCCCUACCUGGCCGUGACAGAAACCUCGCCCGCCGCCCCCGCUCGGGCCGGGGGCGGAUCCAGGGCCGGGGCGAGCUCGGAGCCGUUCCCGUUCCCGUUCCCGUUCCCGGGGCGGGGCCGGGGCGAGCUCGGAGCCGUUCCCGUUCCCGUUCCCGUUCCCGUUCCCGGGGCGGGGCCGGGGCCGGGGCCGCUGCGCAGCCGCCGAAUGGGACCGGGGCAGCGAUGGCCGCGAUCUCGCUGGAGACCGUCCCCAAGGACCUGCGGCACCUGCGCGCCUGCCUGCUCUGCUCCCUCGUCAAGACCAUCGACCAGUUCGAGUAUGAUGGCUGUGACAACUGUGAGACGUAUCUGCAGAUGAAGGGCAACCGCGAGAUGGUCUAUGACUGCACCAGCUCCUCCUUUGAUGGGAUCAUCACCAUGAUGAGCCCUGAGGACAGCUGGGUCUCCAAGUGGCAGCGGAUCAGUACCUUCAAGCCAGGUGUCUAUGCAGUGUCUGUGACUGGCCGCCUGCCCCAAGGGAUCGUCCGAGAGUUGAAGAGCCGUGGCGUGGCCUACAAGUCUCGGGACACAGCCAUAAAAACCUGAAAGGCCCUUGUGCUGCCUGGAGAUCCCAGUGCUGCAUGGAAGAAGCAGUGGGCACUGCUCCAAAACCUCUGAGCUUUAUCCUUUAGGGAAGUGGGGCUGGACUUGGAGUGUGCUGGCUCAGCUCCCCUCACUCAGUACCUCCAGACUCCACCACACCACAGACCACAGAGAUUUAUCUGAGCCUUGACAGGGGGGAGGGUGUGAGCAGAGCUGGGAAAAAAAUGUUUAAUCGUGAUGCCUAAGCUUUUUUAGAAUUGGUGUGGGAAAGAGGGGAUUUGGGAAAUAGCUGUGUAAAUAGUUCAAUAAAACCCACUGCCUGGUCA